UUUUCAGAUGGUGGAGGUCCAGAAACUAGUGAGCUAAGUAUGUCAAUUGGAUCUCUCACCUGCUGGAAUCUUGGAGACAGGGUUCGUAGCAGAGAGUAUCAGUACUUGCUGCACUGUUUAAGUAUAGCGGAGAAAGAUCCUGUCAUGGAAGACCUGUGGUUGCAGCAUUCAGAUGAGAUGUUGCCCCUUGAGGGCAAUAUUCUCACUGUCUGUGGUAACCAGUGCACUGUGGAAUUCCAACCUAGUGCAGAUCAGUCCUGGGAGAGCAGAGCCAAUAAUGGGCUGAAUCAAGCUGCCACGUACCCAUCACCAUAUGCAAAUGUUCAUAAGGGGAAUAUGUGUGUCACGGGGGGUACAAUAGAAAAUUCAGCUCCAGAUACCUGGACACCACCUUCAAAGGAGAAGCGUGAGAGAGAUUUAGGCAAGUUAGAUGGUUUUAGGAAGUCAGUUAGCAGCAGUUUAGGAAGUCAGCAAAAGCAUGCUAGGGAGCUAGAGUUCAUGAGGGAAAAUGGUCUGCGACAGGUAGGUUCACCUCGAAUAAGGCAUUUUGCUGACUGACAGAGGACUGAACCAGUGAACAAUGAAAUAAAUGCAUGGCAGCACUUUCUUAACUUACUGUAUAAAGAAUCCCUCAUGAGGAAUGUCACAGAGACAUUUCUUCAGGUUUUGAGUGCAGCAGUAACAACUGCAAACGAGGAGAAGAAAACAAAGUGAAGCAAGUGUUUCCCACCCUGAGGGUGCAGGUGAGAGAGUCUGGCAGCAUGACCUCCCAACAAAGAGUGCUGGUGAGUUUUCAAAAUAUGUUAAUGAAAUUGUAAAUGCUCAUGUUGGGGUGGGGCAACAUCUAUUGGGCUGUAGUUUAGCUUUUGUUGCCAGUCUCAUAAGGGAACACUAUAAAGACAAAGACAAGAGAUCCAACAACUUGAGUAUUCGCCUUAUUGGGGAGCUGGCUAUAGCUCUUGCUCGAUAUUCCUACAGACUUGUAGAUGCCCUUGUAGUUCCAAACGAGACACCUGCACAGAAAAUUAAACGACUAGCACUUGGAAAGGUUGCACAGUAUUUAAGGGAUGCUUGUACAUUAUUUAACAAAGUAGACGCCAAUGCUUCAGAGGUAAACAAUUUAAGUGAAUUAUGUAAAAUGUAUUUCAAUUUACUGGUAAUGUUCUUUGAACAAUCUGUUAAUGUCACUGUAUAGACUGUUACAUAUGCAAUUCCCUAUCAUGCCUCUUUGCUUUUCACCCAAUAUAAAGUAGGUUAUGGCAUCAUUUCCUUACAGGCCAAAGAAUCAAAGCAUUCUGGAAUAAAAUCUGACCUUGUACUCACUAAUCGAUCCAGGUCCACACGUGAAUUAGGUAAAUGGUGGCAGGUGAUGAGGACAAACUAUGUAAGGACAUUCUAUCUCCCAGAGCAUCAGCCAAUGCCCUCAUCAUACAUAUCUCAUUUUCAAUCACGUCUCCCACCAUUUUUAAAUAAACCCAAGUAUUGUGAGUGUGGGAGGGAGCGAAAUGAGGGUGGAACUUCUACAUUUUGUGAUGACUGUGUGGACAUAUUACUUUGUAUUAAGGACCAAAACCUUAAUGAUAGUUUACUUGCAAUUUUAAAACCUUUUCUGUGCAAUGACUGCCAAAAGAGAUUUCCAGAUGAACAAACUUUGCAGUCUCACUGCCAAUUUAGUCAUGCAAGAAGUGAUCAUGAAGAAAGAAGACCAGCAUCCAGAGGGGCAAUUAUUGAUCCUAAGCAACUGUCUGUCAAGGAUUUAAAAAAAGAGUUGGCACAAAGGGGGUUACUUGUGACCGGAAGCAAAGAUAUAUUGAUUAAAAGGCUUGAAACUGCCCUGAAUAAGGAAUUAUAG